AUGGGCAAUGUGUUACUAGCACAAGAAUUAGUGUUAGAUUUGGAUAGGCGCCUGUCCAUCCUGAAUUUAAUUCUUAAACUUGACAUGGAGAAAGCGUAUGACAGAGUUGAGUGGCCAUUCCUGCUAUUCAUGCUUCAGGGUUUUAGGUUUUCAGAAGGAGUGGUGGACUUGUUAUUUAGAACUUUCUCCAAUUCUUGGUUUUCUAUUCUUGUUAAUGGUCAACCAAUAGGUUUCUUUAAGUCAAGUCGGGGGGUUCAUCAGGGUGACCCCCUAUCACCCGGCCUUUUUCUUUUCAUGGAUGAGUUUUUGGGUUGGGGUAUUCAGGAACUGGGUCGGACCUAUAUGGGCAGCCGCUACAUCUCUGCUAGAGUGAAGCGUCUGCUUGAUGUUAGGGAGUUUGUGGAGUUGUGCAUUCGAUGGAGUCUACAUAAGGGCAUGGUUGACUUCUGGCACAAUAUUUGGUGUGGUCAAGUGUCAUUGGCAACAGAGCUGGGGGUGUACAAUCCCCCGCAUUUUUUGGUAGGGGAAUUCUAUACUAGUCAGGGUUGGAACGUGUCUCGGCUCAAGCAGUGGGUUCCGAGCCUUAUUGUGCAGCGCAUCACUCAGGUCCAAUUUUAUCCAGAUCAAGAUGAUUUCAUGGUCUGGCUUCCAUCCCACAUUGGAAAUUUUAUGGUGGCUUCGACAUGGGGGUAA